AUGGCUCCAGCAAAAGAGACGUCGGUUGAUCUGUGCAAACGGGUCAAUGCACAGGGAAACACCAUAGCGAUUCGCAUGCUCGAGUAUCUGAGCACAGCAAAGACUCCUAUUCAUGGCUUCGAGCCACUUGCCAGAGAGUUCAUCGAGCUCUGUCAGGUAUUAUGGACCAUUGAAGCUGGUGUCACGGAAGCGUCGAAAACACGAAGUGGAUUUCCUGUUGAGGUAUCUCAAGAACUCGACAGGAGGGUUCGUCAGGUUAACGAGGAGUUUUCUGUUCUAGCUCAGAUGGUCAACAAAUUUGUCGACAAGGAGAACCACAAAGGCGGCUUCGGCAUGAAGUUUCGAAUGAUGUUCGCAGAUACAGAUGUCGAGAAGAUGCGCCACACACUUUCACGGAGUCGUGACUCCCUCAAAGUCAGCUCCGCUAUGUUCAGAUGGACACUUGGCGACGCACGAGCUGAUGCCUCCAUGGGAAUUGGAUACGCCGGACUGAUCGCCGCCUUGGAGCGAUUGAACCCAAGCAAAGCCGCCAGCCUUCCACCACUACAUCCAGCACCGACAUCCGAUCUUCCACCAACACCACCUACGAAAGCUCCGAGCCAUCAUGGAGACCAUCCACUUUUGCCACCUUCACAUGUUUCACACCGUAUGGACAGGCCAUCUUUGAACGAACUUCGCCACGAAGAGGGUCACUCAUAUGACAGCCACAGUUCACAUUUCAGGCACGAAGAUACGGGUCUUUCACCUGGGAUCGUCGACCUACAGAAGAACUGGCGUGCACCAGCUAGUGCUCGUUCCAGUGAAUCCACCAGGGACACAAUGUACCACCAGAAUACUCGGCAUCAUGAGGAUCCAGUGUACGAGGACUACGCGUCACACUCCAGCACCCGGCCACCCACAAUGGAAGAAAAACUGCAUGGUCUCAGCGUCAACGAGCGCUACAUGGAUGACCAUCACUCCUCAUCCAAGGUCGAUUCUCCUAUCACAUCGCCGCACUGGGCGCCACGCCAGAGUGGAGGUUCAAAGAACGUUGGUGGCAAGGCAGCACUAUUCAGCGCUGUCGAGCAGAGGAGACAUCGGAUGCUAGAGCAGCUUCUCGACGGCGGCGCCAGAGCUGAACCUCACAUGGAGUCUGCAAUGCUUCGCGUCGCUGCGCAAAACCAGGACGCGGAAAGUAUCAUGCUACUUCUGCGAUAUGGCGCAGACGCUAACGGUUUCGACCGCGAGGGUAUCACUCCCUUGUUUGCUACCACUCGUUCCCAGUGCCUUGAAAGCGCAAAGAUACUGCUCAAGCACGGUGCUGAUCCUAAUUUGUCUGCUGGCCCCGAAUCCGAGUCACCCUUAUCUUUGGCUGCUUCCCAGAACUACAUUGACUUUGUUCAAUUGUACCUCGCCAACGGUGGCGAUGCUGGAUUCGUCAUGGAGAAUGGCUCUACAGCACUCGUCUCGGCCAUGAACAAGACCACCUCGCCUAAGUGCGUUGAAAUGCUCCUCAGCAAGGACGGAGAUGCCAACGCGAAGAACGGAGAAGGCACAACUGCCUUGUUCCAGGCUAUUCAGGCGAACCGUGUAGAUCUCAUGACGGUGUUGCUCGACCACGGAGCGAACCCUAACCUUCCUGGUCCUAAGCACCCGCUCUGGCCAUCUAUGUACAAGCCCAAAGCUCUUCAACUGCUGCUUUCUCGUGGCGCGGACACAAAAAAGACACCUGGUGUGAUGGAACUGGCUUCCAGCUUGAAGAAGCUGGAUUCCAUUAAGAUCCUUAUGGAAGCCGGUGUGUCGCCCAACCUCCGGAAAGAUGGUGUUUACACCCCGCUCUGCUCAGCCAUUCGUGACAACAGCCCGGAGAUCGUCACCUAUCUGCUAGAGCACGGUGCGGACCCCAACUUCAACGCGGCGGAAUACCCCGCCUUCAAGUGUAUCACACACAAGCGCACACAUUUCCUUCCGCAACUAGUCGCCGCUGGGGCAGACCUUAACAAGCCUAAAGGUAUCAUCGAGACGGCCGUCAAGUUUAAUGACAAGGAUGCCAUGAUUUACCUACUUGACCAGGGUGUCAGUCCUAAUGAUCGGACACCGGACGGAUGCACAGCGCUCACUACCGCUAUCAACGACGACCACGGCGAACUCGUUGAUAUACUUCUCGCUCGUGGCGCAGAUCCAGCCAUUCGUGGAAAGGAGUGGCCUCUUUGCAUGGCCGUCAAGCGCCCUGCCAUCCUCAAAAAGCUCCUUGCCGCAACUCCCAACCCGCGUGCCUUCCGCGGUGUCGUAGAGAUGGCUGUCGUAGCCAACCAACUCGAAAGCAUCAAGCUUCUCCUUGCAGCAGGCGUUAGCGUAGAAGACAAGAACUGCGGCGUUUUCUCCCCGCUCACAACAGCCAUCCGCGAAGAGCGCAAGGUCAUCGUCCGCUACCUCCUUGACGUCGCGAACGCCGACCCCAAUGCCCCUGGCGAGCAUCUUCCUAUCGUCAAGGCCCUUCGUCGCUACUCCGGCGACACAGAAAUCAUUCAGAUGCUGCUCACACGCGGCGCUGACAUCAACAAAAUGCACCGCGGCUGGAACGCGAUCCUGCAAGCCGUCGAGAAUGGCGACGCUGAGAUUCUCAAGCUCCUUAUCGACAUGGGUGGCCAACCCGACCUUCAGCUGCAAGACGAUUCCGGUCGAGCCGUCAUCGACAUUGUCACUGAGAGGGGUUGGGAAGAGGGUCUCGCGCUCCUGUUCCCGAACGCUGCCAGCGCUCCCAAGGCCAACGUGUCAAAGGCCAGGUAUAACAAGAAGAGUUUCUCCAUCUCAGACUGGCGCUGGAUGAGCGUCGAACUCGAGAAGGGGGAGAUGAAGAGCAGUGAUGACGAAGAUGGAAUCCCGGACGACUGUAGUCAAGCUUCCAGUGAGCUAUUACAUGCAUAA